AUGGGACCGCCUGCCUUUCAAGCAUAUCGCUCUGCGCGAUUAGUAGCGUCAUCCAUCGCCGCUUCGCAAAGAGCAUCCAUUUCAUCGAAGCCCAAGCCCGCUCUGCCGCGCUCUUCAACAAUACCCCCAGCCCCUGCCGCCCGUGUCGCGCCAGCCUCCAAAAACGCGAAUCAUGGCGUGAUCGACCCUCAAGCAGCCAUCCCGGAAGCCUCUACCGUCGCCGACGUCGACCCGACCCUCGCCGCUGAGAUACCCACAAGUGACAGCAGCAGCAGCGGCACCCCGCUGUCCCCAGCAUUUGCCGCCGCGCUAAGCGGUAGCGGCAGCGGCAACGGCAAUGGUAAUGGCAACGGGACCGGACCGAACGGUCAGGCCAUUGACUGGUCCUCGUCCUUCCAUGGGCUCUCGACCACGCCGUUUAGCCCCGAGACGGCGGCCGUGCUGAUGCAGGCGCUGGACCCGAUCGACAUCGAAAUCAAGCCCGACGGGAUCAUCUACCUGCCCGAGAUCAAAUACCGGCGGAUCCUGAACAAGGCGUUUGGGCCUGGCGGUUGGGGCCUGGCGCCGCGGGGAGAGCUGAUAGUCGGCGAGAAGGUGGUGACGAGGGAGUACGCAUUGGUGGUGCAUGGACGCUUCAUCGCCCAAGCCCGCGGCGAAUGCCAGUACUUUUCCGAGGAGACGAUCCCUACGGCAGGUGAAGGGUGCAAGUCGAACGCAUUGCUGCGGUGCUGCAAAGACCUGGGCAUAGCCUCUGAGCUGUGGGACCCGCGGUUCAUCCGCGCCUUCAAGAAGGCGCACUGCCACGAAAUAUGGGUCGAGCAUGUCGCGACCAAGAAGCGGCGGCAGAUAUGGGUGCGCAAGGACAGUGAUCCAGCGUAUCCAUAUCAAGCGGUCAGGUCGACGGGUGCCAGAGUAUAA